CUAUAUAUUUUAUUUAAUUAUAAAGAAUUGAUUAAAAAAAAAGUUAAGACUUUUGACAAUAGUAAUGAAUGUGAGUGAAAAGAGAUGCUAGCACUGAUAUGGAAGGGGCGACCAGAGACGAUGAUGCUAUAUGGUCGUCGUCUGAUAUCAAUUCCUAUUCUGGUCGAGAGAAAGAGAUAAUGGCCAAUGAAAUCGCCGAACCAAACGCUUGCAUUCGCGGCUGUUGUCGCAGCCGAACGAUCCCUCUGCACCUCCCUCCCUCCUCUUACUCUCUCUCACUUCCGAUUGCCAGAGGUUCGGAGAGUGUGGUGUACGAAGCAAUCCUCAGAGGCCGGAAAGUCGCCGUGAAAAAGCCCAUUCUGGCCACUUCCGAUGAUUUGGAUAAAUUCCACAAGGAGUUGCAGUUGCUCUGCAAGCUGGACCAUCCAGGAGUUGCAAAGCUGGUUGCUGCACAUGCUAGGCCUCCAAACUAUAUGUUUUUCUUUGAGUUCUACGAGUUUGGAAAUCUAGCUGCUCAGCUGCACGUUGAGCAAUGGAGUCCUAGCACUCACAAGGUGCUCGAUGUGUCGUCUAAACUAGCAAAGGCUCUCCAAUAUCUGCACACACUUGGGAUUGUGCACAGAGACGUAAAGCCAGCAAAUGUUCUACUUGACGGAAACCUUCAACCACAUCUAGCUGACUUUGGUUUGGCAGAGUACAAGACAAAUCUUAAACAUGUUUGCACUCAAAACUGGACGUCAACUGGCAAGCCAACUGGUGGGUUCCACAAGAGGAAUAUGGUUGGCACACUUAUUUACAUGGCACCAGAAGUACUAAGGAAAGAUAUACCUACAGAAGAAUCUGACGUGUACAGUUUCGGAAUUUCAGUCAAUGAGCUUCUAACAGGUGUUGUCCCAUACACUGAUCUGCGUACAGAGGCACAGGUUGGUUUUUUCUUUUGUCGAACUUCACAUUUGGAGGAUCUUUAGUUUUUCUAACAUUUCAUGUCGGUAAUAAGCAUUCUUUACUUUUCGUGUGCAAGUCUUACCCUUCUUUUUUAUGCUUCAGCACUCUAGGAAUAUGGAUGCCCUUUUCUUGGAAAUCCAGUAAAUAAGAUCAAUGGGUCUGGAAAUUCUUUUUCUCAACGGUUUAACCAUUGGGGUG